UUCAUAGACGGGUUUUACAUGAUCAGGAAGCAUGUUGUAAACAAAAAAAUCUUCUAUUAUAUAAUUUAUAGCUUAUUUCAGCUUCGAAGAGUAAAAUGACAUCAGUGGACAAGAAGGAGAUAGGCAGAGUCUUGAAUGAUUCAUCUCAGCCAUUGAAAGAACGCUUUAGGGCGCUGUUCUCCUUAAAAAACCUCGGUGGACACGAUGCCAUAGACUUGAUUGCGCAAUCGUUCCAAGAUGAAUCUGCACUGCUUAAACAUGAACUCGCGUAUUGUUUAGGGCAGAUGCAAGAUCCAUAUGCAAUUCCAAUGUUGGUUAAGGUCCUGGAGGACAAAUCACAGGAAGCAAUGGUCAGACACGAAGCAGGAGAAGCCCUAGGAGCUAUUGGAAGUAAGGAAGUGUUACCUAUAUUGGAGCAGUACACAAAUGAUCCAGUAACAGAGGUAUCCGAGACAUGUUUGAUAGCUAUAGACAGAAUAAAGUGGUUAGAAAACAGUGAGAAAAACACAGAAUCAUUGUCAGAAAAUCCCUAUUUCUCUGUGGAUCCUGCACCUCCAAGCCAGUCAGACAAUGUUGAAUCUCUUAAACAGACGCUGCUAGAUGAAAAUUUACAAUUGUUUGAACGAUAUAGAGCCUUGUUUUCACUACGAAAUUUAGGAACAAAGGAUUCAGUUAUAGCACUAGCUGAAGGUUUAAAAUGUAAGAGUGCUCUGUUCCGGCAUGAGAUAGCGUAUGUACUGGGUCAGAUUCAGCAUGAUGCUUGUGUGAACCAGCUUUCCAACAAUCUGAAAGAUCCACAGGAAAACCCGAUGGUUAGACACGAGUGUGCUGAGGCAUUAGGUUCUAUAGCCACAGACGAGUGUAUGAAGAUUUUAGAGGAAUAUUUGCAUGAUAAAGAACGUGUGGUGAAGGAGAGCUGUGUUGUUGCACUGGACAUGUGUGAAUAUGAAAACAGUGAAAAUUUCCAGUAUGCAGACACUAUGGCAAAACUUAAACAAGGAGAUCAUUUACUGGAAAUUACUUCCUGAUUUUUAGUUCCGAGUGAUUGUAAAUCAGUUUUAAAGUCAGAAGUGUAAUAAAUGAAACUUGAAAUGUGAGUCAUAUUAAUAGGUAUGAGUAAAUAAAUGAAACAUGUAUG